AUGUCUGAAUCAGACCAUUCAGAACACAGUGGCGUCAAUACCCAUAAAUCCGCCGAUACUGGUGAUUUCGAUCAGUCCAAGAACACCACAUUUAGAGGUUCCAAAUCAGAGUUUCAUCCCACUCUUGCCGUCCCCAAUAUUAGGAACCACAUUCCUAUUAUUCUUGAGAUGGAAAAAGAUCAAUAUGGUACCUGGGCCGAGCUUUUCCGCAUCCAUGCUCACUCACACCGAGUCCUGUAUCACAUUGUUCCAACUAUUGGAAAAGAGCCACCAGUCGUUACCGACGCCAACCAUGAACAAUGGUCCACUCUUGAUGCCACCGUUAUUCAGUGGAUUUAUUUCACUAUUUCUACCGAUUUGCUGAUCACUAUUGUAGAACCCAACUCCACUGCAAUAAAAGCAUGGAAUCGCUUGGAAUAUAUUUUUCAAGACAACCAAAAUGCUCGAGCUGUCACUCUUGAGCAAGAGCUUUCUAACACUCGUAUGGAGGAUUUUCCCAAUGUCUCGGCUAUCUGUCAGCGUUUUAAGAUGAUUUAUGAUCAGUUGAGAAAUCAUCGUGUGGUCCUUCAGCUGAUCUUUGGUCUCCCAAAAGCUUACCGCAGUGUUGCUACUUUGAUUCUCCAGAGAAACCCUCUUCCGAAAUUCUAUCAGGCUCGUUCCAUGCUCACUUUGAAAGAAGCCAGUAUGGCUAAGAUGGCAAACAUAGGCUCUCAUGCUGCUAUGCACACUACUCAGUCGAAACCUACUAAAGACACCUCUCAGCGUGACAAUUUCCGCCCCGACAACCGUUCUCACUCCCGUGGCAACCAGGGUCGCGGAGGGGGACGUGGUAACCGCAGUUCACCUCAUUCUAGAGCUCUCAGCGCUUCCUCACCUUGGUUCGCUCGUCCUUGGCAACAACAACAUUACCCAACCUGGCAACCAUGA